GCAAGCAAGAUCAAAAGGGAGAAAAAUAUCACAAGUACCUAUAUCCCCAAUCUUCGCCGACUUUCCUUUGGAUUUUCAUACUUGAGUUUCCUGCUAUAUACGUAAAAAACCUUCCAAGAUGCCCUUAUGAUUCAGCCAAUUGAUUAUGUUUCAAACGGUACGUUAUGCUCAGCUGCUUUGAAGAUUAAUGCUUCCACGUCAUCAUAUUUUCCUUGUCUGCAGCGGCACAUCGCCCUCAUCAUCGUCAACAUAUCUUCCAAAUAGGAUUUUUGCUUAUCGAUCUCCGGUUUCUUUGGCAGGAUGGCUGAUUCGAAAAGCUGGAUGACGUCUAAGAAUUGCCUAAAAUAUUAAAGCUGAGCUUGGUGAAGCGCUUCAUCAAUCUUGAAAAGGGUGAUUCAAGAACUUGUAGCACCUGAAGACCCUUUUUGAUAUAAUUGAGCUGCUUGGGUAUUCAUUUUAUGUUGAUCAAAUUUAAUGUGUCUUCCUUUGAUCAAUCCAAAUGAGGAAAUAUGUUGCGCUAUACAUGUCAGCUCAUCAAAGCUAUGCCCAAGUUUGAAGUAUAAAUGCUUGAUUAAUUCCAAUAUAUCUUUUCCAUAAAGUUAUUCACAAAUCAUUAUAAUCACCUCCUACACAGCUUAGAGAAACAAAAACUCACUUCGAAGAACCAAAAAAAACUGUCAAAAUGCUCCUCACAAACAUCAACACUGUCGCCAUAGCUCUCUGUGCUCUUUUCAGCACAUCUUCUGCAACUCAGGUCAUUGAUAUUGUGAAACACUCAACAACAACCUGCGGUGAUUCUGGAGGACCAACCAGAAAUUAUAACUCUGGUGACUGUUAUACUUUCUAUGAUUCCGAUCAUGCAUUGGUGUUGAAGAAUAUGCCACGAGGCUGCACUCUGACUACUUAUGCAGCUAAAGGCUGUGCCGGAGUAACCAGCCACUAUGGUACAGACCGCCUUAAUCAAUGUAUUUCUUUGCAGGGCAGAUGGUCGAUGAAGGUAGUUGGCUGUUAAGCUUCUGGCGUGUUUUGGAUAUAGAAGACUCGUCAUGUCAUACCGACAGUCUCCUAGACCUGUUGGGAGCUUCACUAGAACAUCUUAUCUUUGUGUGUCGAAAUAUGUCAUUCAUUUCUGGAGGUAUUGUCAGAGAUUUCAAGAAUUUUUCGAGUGUUCAGUGGUUGUUUUCGGUCGUAUUACAAGUCACACUCGCUAGCAGUUACGCUUUAUAGCAAUUACAUUCGUUCAUUUUACCUAUCAACUCA